AUGCCCCGACAACGAGACUCGCAACAUCAUGAUCAUGUCCACAGUCCCCACAGUCAUGGGCAUGGACAUGGACAUGAACAUACUCAUCACCUCCACCCUCAGGGCGAACAUGAUCAUUGGGCUGAGGACGAUUACCUUGGCAGACCCGGUGUAUUCGAAGUAGCUGAAAUCACUUAUGAAUCCAUUUUAAACUCUCUCGUUUCUGCUGGGAUCAAAGACGACAUAUACAAAACAUGGGACGUGUUGGAGAUAGGUUGUGGUCCUGGAACAGUAACUAAACAUCUCUUAUCUACAUUCUCCACCAUCCACUCAAUCGAUGUUUCACCCUCAAUGCUAUUGAACCUAAGCAAAUACCUUCCUUCGGACCUUCAUCCAACGUUAUCAUACUCCCUUCAUAAUCUAUCUCCAAAUUCACCACAACAAUUCAAAGGAAAAUUACCACUUAGAUCGCCGACUGUCGAAAACCCUCAAAGGGAACUAUCACCUCCAAGAGAGAAGUUCGACUUGGCAGUAUCAAGUUAUGUACUUCAUCAUGUAGAUGAUCUACAUUCUUUCAUGCUCGGUGCGAUUGGGUUGGUGAAGGAGGGAGGAUGGCUGGUCUUUGCUGAGAUGGGGUUUAUUCCUAACGGCAAUGGCGAUGGACAGUUAAAUCCCACCAAACACGAUUCCUUCAAUGCUCCUGAACAUCAUCGACCCUCAUUCACUAUCGACUCACUCACCAGGCUAUUCGAAUCUUACGGUCUAACAGACGUAUAUGCAGAACAAAGAGGGGAAUUACCUAUUUUCGGGACGGAGGAAGGCAAGAUGAGAAUACCGGGUUUGAUCGUUAGAGGGAGGAAGGGUAAGGAGUGA